UUGAACUAAUACAAUACCACGAAUUGGAUCGCAGCGAGCCGACUCUCCUGAAUUUUCGAGUUAAUUUUUCAGGUUUUACUGUCGAAAGAACACCAUUUUAGUCGUACUGUACACACAGCUUCUUGAACCAUGGAUGGUAAUUUCCCACCGGGUUUCUACUGCCCAGGAGCAAACCAACAGGAAGAACAUUCCCAGCAACAUGUUGCUACCUACCCAAUGGAUCUGCCAUACCACCCAACCUCACAACAUCAACCUGAGUUUGCCGUAGAUCAACCUCUUCGACCAUUCCCUGCUCCACACACUGGCCCUGGGCUUUCAAUGUUGACCUCGAUAUAUCAUGAUUCAAAUACAGUGCCUCAGAAUGCAAGUACUGGUAGCAUGCAGGAAGUUCAUAACGAACUGCCACCCAGAGGUCAAAAGGUCAAAUCAACAGCUCAAUCAGCAAUGUAUGCCCCACUUCUUGCUAGAGCUCUUCAAGGAAACGUAACACAAGCAGUUGAAACACCCAAUGCACCACCAGCUCCUUCUAAGAAAGUCAAGUUGAAGAAGCAGAGUAAGGCAGAAGGGCCACAAGUGGAAUCGUCAUCAACCCCAGAACUACCGCAGAGUCUCAUGUUUAAAUGUUCACCUGAAGGUUGGGUUGAGGGCGUCCUUGCCAAGGGGAGGCUUGAGAAGGGUUCUGAAUUCGGACCGUACACAGGAUCGUUGAUGAGUGAAGAGCAAGGAUUGAUGAAGGAAUCAACAUGGGAGGUUUGCGUUUCUGGUCAAGUAUUCUUCUACCUGGAUGGACACAACACCUGGAUGUCUCAAGUGAGAUGUGCACAGAGCGAAGAAGAACAGAACAUGGAAGCCUAUCAAUUCUAUGGUGAAAUCUACUUCAAAAGCACAAAGGUCAUUGAACCAGGAAGUGAACUAAAAGUCUUCUACAGCCCAGAGUAUGCCAAGCGUGUAGGAGUGGAUACUAAAUUGAAUGAACUCGGACUCAACAAGGAUGCACAGAAAUUUCAAUGCAACUUAUGCAAGGAUUCGUUCACAUCGGCCAAACUAGUCCUUAGACACAUGCGAUAUGAACACGCCCGUGUACCAAGAGUAGAACUGUUCCCUGUAGUAAUUUGGAAAAAGAGGAAGCACAAGCCAUCCGAACCUCGGACCAAAUUCCGAAAAGAGUCAACAGUCCAUAAUGCUAGCAAGGAGGUGGGAGAUGCUGAAUUCAGUUGUGGAACGUGUGAGAAGUCUUUUUCAAACAUCGUCAAGCUCAGGGAGCACGAGUCAUUUCACAAAAUUAACGAGGGUCACGUGUGUACCGUUUGUGACAAGAAGGAAACCAAUUUCUGGACGCUUGCGAAACACAUGAAGAUGCAUGAAAAGGAGGGGGUGAAGUUCAAGUGCAAAGAAUGUCAUAAAAGUUACAACAGGAAGUAUGAACUGCAGCUGCACAUGAGUGACAUCCAUGGUCAUUACUGUCGCAUCUGUUUGGACAAGCUGACGCCUUGUGAGAAACACAAGAAAACACAGCAAGCUUCAACCAAAAACGGACCACAAGCAGAAAAGACAAUAGUAGUGUCUUCGACCCCUGAAGAACCCAAAGAUAUGCUUGGUAAAACUCCCAAUUACUAUGAGCGUCGUUUCAAGUGUAGGUAUUGUCCAAAUCGUUUCCAGAACCGUUAUUGUGUCAAGCAACAUGAGAGGGAGCACCACACAGGCGAUCACUUCUUCAAGUGCCCUCAUUGUGAAAAGGUUUUUGCUCGGGAGCACCGGCUUAUAGAUCACAUGCGAUACCAUGAGGAGAAUCGUAUGUAUCGCUGCACUCUCUGUCCCAGAACCUUCGCAUCGGAGAGCGCCCUCAACAACCACCAAGGUGAACAUAAUGGAUUGAAACCAUUCAAGUGUGAAAUCUGUGGCCGUGGAUUCCGACAAAAGGGUGUUUAUCGCGCUCACAAGCGCCGCAUGCACCAGGAGAAUCCUUUGCGUUUCUUUUGCUCCGUAUGCAACAAAGGAUUUUCAAACAAAGGGAAUUUCAACAUUCACGAACGUCGCCAUAAAGGCAUCCGCCCGUUUGCCUGCCUAGAAUGUGGGAAGAGUUUCACAGCAAAGCAUUGCCUCAACACUCACAUAAAGGCAUUGCAUACAGACGAGAAAGCCUUUUCUUGUGACAUCUGUGGAAAGACUUUCUCGUUAAAUCAGAACUAUACAUAUCACAUGAUGCAACAUAAAGAACGGGGGGAUGUAAGCAGUGCAAAAUAAUAGAUACAUACAGGCCCCAAUUCUGAAAUCCAGGGACACGUCUUACAAAGAGUAAUGAUUGAUCCAAUCAUGGACCUAUAAGAACUGGACAAUCAUCGGUUAGUAAAUGAAUUCACAAACAUGUGACUCUCAUUGUCAUCUGAAUAACACUCUCUUCGUAUUUAUCUACUGUGAUCCCAUCAUGGUCACCGUCAAUUAGGCCAUGAGUUAUCAAAAGCUUUCUGUGAUUAGACAUUAAUGUUGCACAAAUUGUAUGCGCAAAAGAUAACAAAUCACUAAAAUCCUGGAAAAUCAGUGUUCAGUUCUGGUUUGCAAAGAGUAAUCUUAGCUGUGUGUUUUUUAUUUGAGAAAAUUUAUGCGAUUAUUUGUAAUUCAUAAUACCAUUUUUAAACAUUUCCUCAUGAUAUUCCAGAGAAACACGGCACAUAGCUUGUAGGGGACGUGUCUCUCUCGUUAUUAAUGUCAUUAUUAAUGUGCAGAUGCGUGCAAAUCGAUAAUUAUAAACUUUAUAUCACCAAAAUCAUCUUCUCAAUUUUGCUGCUUCAAAUCUGAAGCACGAUGAUUGAAAGGAACAUUUUGAUAAAGGACAUCAGCCAACAAACGCCAAGAGGAGGAAAAGGUUUCCGUUGUUAAAGAUCAGAUACGCCUUGGUAGCCGCUAUUGUCCUAACACCUGUAUAUUCUCAUUAGCCAGGAUACAGCGACUAUGAUUGCAGCAGAUGAACAUUAGUCAUCCUUUCUUAUAGGUUCAUGAUCCAAUCUACAGGAAAUUUGCAAUCCUAAGCAAAGAGAAGCCUACUGAACAUUCAAGAAAACAAUGGAUGUGUAUACAUCAUAUCUAUAAAAAAUUUGAACAAACAUUAGGUGUUGACGUUGCUGGCUUUCCAUAGUUGUGGUUGAUUGGAUCAAUCGUAGCUCUUUGUGAGACGGGGCCCAGUUUAACGUAGACCGUGGUCUCGCUUUGUCC